AAAAGCAGAAAGAGACUUUUGGGUGAUAACAAUAAUGGAAAGAAAACCAACCCAACUAACUUUAUUUUCAUUCCAUUUAAUUAUUUUCACCCAACACAAAAUAUGUGUAACCUUGAUUUUCUCCUAAUAAGUAAUAACCUGAGUGAUGAUGUUGAAAAUAAAACACCGUAAUUGAACCCUGAUCGAGAUCCAAUAAUUGAACAGCAUGGUUCCGUCGUUUUUGAGUUUCGCCGGCUUAUACAGUGGGUACAUACGACGGUGUUUCGCGAGAGCAGGACUGUUCUCACAAUCAAUCAACAUAGACAAUGAAACGACGCUCCACGUUUGGGGUCCAACAAAUCAAGCCACACAAAAACCUUCCCUCGUUCUAAUUCACGGUUUCGGUCCCAUGGCUAUGUGGCAAUGGCGUGAACAAGUCCAAUUUCUUUCCCCUCAUUUCAACCUCUAUGUUCCCGAUCUUAUUUUCUUCGGAGAAUCCAAUACAAGGUCGAAGGAGAGAAGCGAGAAAUUUCAAGCAGCUUCGGUUGGGAAACUGUUGGAGAAGUUAGGUGUGAAGAAGUUCCACGUGGCAGGGACUAGCUAUGGUGGUUUUGUGGCUUAUCAUUUGGCGAAUAUGUUGGGGGUAGAGAAGGUUGAGAAAGUUGUUAUUGCUAGCUCUGGUGUUAAUAUGACAAAGAAUCAUGGCUUGGGUUUGUUGGAAAGGGCUAAACUCGAUAACAUUGAGGAUCUUAUGUUACCUUCUUCUCCAAAACAGUUGAGGAAAUUGAUCACUCUUGCUGUGUCUAGACGAAUCCAUUACGUGCCUGAUUUUUUCUUCAACGAUUUCAUAAAUAAACUAUACUCAGAAAAUAGGAAGGAAAAGCUGGAGCUUCUAGCUGGCUUGUCCAUUGGCAAGAAUGAUACUUCAAACAUUCCACCUCUUCAACAGGAAGUUUUGAUAAUCUGGGGGGAAGAUGACAAUAUAUUUCCCGUGCAGAUGGCCCAUGAACUCAAAGAGGUAAUCAGUAAGAAAGCAAGAUUGGAAUUGAUAAAGGAUGCAUCCCAUGUGCCUCAACUUGAAAAGCCAGCCGAAUUCAACACUAUCAUCCUAAAUUUCUUAAAAGAAGCCUCUUGAAUACUUUUUAGGCCUCAUUCAUCAGCUUCGAUUAUGUUUCCUAUUUUUUCUACUAUAUUUAUUUAUUACUACUAUUAUUCAGUCAAUUCAAUAAUCAUUAACCUUAGCAUAAA